GUUGGAGAGAGCAAAAGAGUGACAGACGUAGCGUUAAUGACUGGAAACACAGUUACUAUCAACGUGACAACUAUCAUCAGCUCCCAAGGAUAACGUCUAAAUAAGCUGCCAACUUCAUUGAGUGGAGGCUCUGAGGUAUUCAAAGUAGAGAACUGCGCCAAUAAACACACAACAAAAUAACAUGACAAUGACCCGACAGGAAAUGAUAGCUGUGAGGCGCAGAAAAAUCGGCGGGUACACAACAGGGGUGGGUGCAAAAUCAAUACUGGCAGUCGGGUGGAAAUAUAAUCAUUUUGACGGUGCUCGAACCUUGCUGCUCGAUACAACCUGGACUUUGUGGGGAUAUAGAAGCAUUGGAGCGGAUCACAUAGCGAUUGUUCUCGGUGCGGGAUGGACGGAAUGGAUACUUCAAGUCGUUCUCUAUUGCCUAUCCAUCAUUGGCGAGUCGACACAUCGUAUCAUUUGAAUUGUUAGGUUUCCUGGUCCUCGAGAACUUGAAAGUGAAGACGAAAGAAUAAGCUGAAAAAGAUUUUAGUAUACGUCCGUGCUUCAACGUAAUGACGCCAAACGUCCGCGAAUAUGAGGUCGGACCUUGCAGACUCUGGCUAACAAGGUUCCUCGAUGUGAUGGUAGCGAAACAAAG